AUGUACACAUACUGCUGCCUGGCUCCCGGGGAGGACGUCUGGCCUCUGCUGCAGCCCCUCACCUACACCUACCUGCCGGCCCCACUGCUGCUGCCCCCCAUCCAGGCCCACAACUUCUGCAGCCGGCCCCAGAAUCUGAGCGCCAGGAGGUGGGCGGCUCCGCAAGAAUACCACUGCUUCCACGGCGUCAGUGCGCCCCUGACGGUCGCGCCGCCCUUUUGGGCCUUUCCGCAGGCCUACUCCGCCGCCCUACAACCGCCGUUCCUCGCGCCCGGCUACAACCGGGCGUUGCGGCAGGAACCCGAGGCAGCAGGGCUGGUGGCUACCGAAGUCUGGGCACCGUGGCCAGAGGGAGGCACCCUGCAGGCUGAGCUGCGCUGGGGCCGCGUGGAGCGCACACUGGGCCCACGCCUCGAGUUGCCGGACUUCGUGCGCCAGGAGUUGCGGCGCGUGUACGGCACGUACCCGCGCACUGACGUGCGCGUCACCUACCGCGGCGGCGAGUUCCUGGUGCAGGGCGCGCCGCGCUUGCGUGAGCCCGAGUACCGCGUGGAGAGGCGCGUGCUGCGCCCGCCCGCCAGCAGAGGCAGCGGCGAGGAUAGUCCUGCGGCGGAAACGGCGGAGCGUGGCCGCCGAAAGAAGAGUAAAGGCCUGAGUUGA